GUAGGAACAAUCAUUUGAGUCGGGCGCCCGGUCGCACCUGCUGGAAGACUGGAUUGAAGGGGUGCCACUGGAUGCCACCUGAGCCCACUGCAGGUUUCAAGACUUCGGAAUCCAUUAUUCGCUGCGACCACGAGGCCGCUAUAAUCCGCUAUAAACAAAGCAGGAUAUCUCAAUUGGAAACCCUUCAGUUGAUCGCGAGUUACUGCCUUGCAUCCAUCACUUUGAUCAGUGCUAACUGGAUCCAAGUCUCAAAGAGUCUCCUUGCAUCUUUGCAUCGGUCUCUGCUAUUUCGAUGGCUUGUGACGUCACUUUAUACGCGAGCUGCAUAGCCACACUGGCAGAGCCAAUAAGACGAGCCCAGCUGGCGGCCGUUUGAUGAGCAUGGCCAGUCAAAGGAAAGAUUUCGCAUCCCCUGCUGAGGUGCAAGCGCCUCUGAUCCAAGAUUCUUGACAUGGUAUGCCAAGAUGGGCAAAGCUUCGCCAUGAAAUCUUAGCGGCGAUCAGAGCGUUUUGGAGUCUGCACGAGGCCGAUCAAGCAAAACAAUGCGAUUCCAGGCUCUGAUGAAGUUUGAUGUCAGGGAAUUUUUAGAAUGACGAAGUUUGGCUUGCUGGCAGGCUCUCUCCGCACCAAGUGCUUUUUUGAUUUUUGGCUCUUCAAGGUUCGCCUGGGCAGACACUUUUGAGUUUCCUUUGAUCGUCCAAAUUAUUAUUUGUCCGUUUCCUGUAAAAAUCUCUCAACAACGUGUCCCACACCAGCGGAACCCCUAGCCCCUUUUCUGAUUCACCUUUUGCAAGUUGCACCUCCCCAGCCUCGUCUUUCCUUUUGAGUGCAACGAGCUCCAGGCUGCAACAUAACCAAGAGUUACCCCAGGCUAAGUCUUUCAGCCACACUUGUCCAUCAGGCGCCUCAAAAGGGUCCAGUCAGAGUAUAGCCGUGAGUUAACCGUCCUAUCAAGAUGCGUGAGUAUAGAUUUCACCAUUAUCUUUUCAUUUUCUGAUUACCGUCAGAUAUCUACAAAAGUCAAGCCCGAAGAUCCGCAUGGUACGACCAUGAAGGCGAACCAACAACCCAUAAUCCAUUCAAGAAGUUUCGCAGACGCCCACGACGGACGAGUUCUAUCCAGCUUGAGAACCGAUUAACGCAAUUUCCCACUGCCGGCGCGAUAGCCCCUUCGGAACAGAUACAGCGCAACAGGGAAAUGAGAGAAGGGCUAGAGGGACCGACUCACGCAGACACGUUUCCCACGCGACCCACGACCACAGACACAGCUCGGCCUGAAAGCACUCUGGAAAAAGUUGAGCCGGAGCCGUCGAUGCGCAGCAAUGAGCCGAUCAACGUAUCGAACCGUGACCAAUCUGAAAGCGAAUCCAGCAGCAAGCCUAGAAAGAGAAAGAGAUUCCUAGGGCUUGGAAAUCGGUCCGGGGGGGAAGGGAUUGAAGCGUCGGCAGCAGAUGCACCGGUUGAUAAGCAAAAGUUUACUGCCGUGGGGCAGUUCAAAGCUACUGUCUUGAACUCAUGGAUCAACGUCUUGCUUCUUGCAGCGCCUGUUGGAAUUGCGUUGAACUAUGUCGAUGUUGACCCAGUCGCUGUCUUUGUGGUCAACUUUAUCGCCAUCAUCCCAUUGGCAGCCAUGCUGAGCUACGCCACCGAGGAAAUAGCAUUACGAACUGGAGAGACAAUUGGCGGGUUGUUGAAUGCCAGUUUCGGAAACGCGGUCGAACUGAUUGUGGCCAUUAUUGCCCUGGUCCAUGACGAAACGCUCAUUGUACAGACUUCUCUGAUCGGAAGUAUGCUCUCCAACCUUCUCCUCGUUCUAGGCAUGUGCUUCUUCUUCGGUGGCGUAAACCGCCUCGAACAACACUUCAACCCCGUCGUAGCGCAGACAGCAGCUAGCCUUCUUGCUCUGUCAGUAGGGUGCUUGAUCAUCCCAACGGCUUUUGACGCCUGGUCCGAUGCCAAUACGUCGAAGAUUGCACAACUUUCUCGAGGCACUAGUAUCAUGAUGUUGGUCGUGUACGGAUGCUACCUCUUCUUUCAACUCAAGUCACACACAGAUAUCUAUAAUGCUCCAAGUCAAAAGUCUGAGAAGAGACGCCAGAAAGUGUCAGAAGGCGACGCCAGCCGGGGCAUCGCACAGAUUGGUCACAUGUCUGCGGCGAUGGCUGGCUCGCAUCAAGUGUCCAUGCAGAAUCCGGAUGAUGAGGUUGAAGAGCCGCAGCUCAGUGUGUUCGUGGCUAUACUGACACUAUGCAUCUCUACGGCUUUUGUUGGGAUCUGCGCAGAGUUCAUGGUUGAUUCGAUCGACGCUCUGACGGAGGAAGGCAGUGGUAUCUCAAAGACAUUUGUCGGUCUGAUUCUACUCCCCAUUGUCGGUAAUGCGGCCGAGCACGCUACGGCGGUGACGGUAUCGAUCAAGGACAAGAUGGACUUGGCUAUUGGAGUUGCAGUGGGUUCAAGCAUGCAGAUUGCACUGUUGGUGCUACCACUUAUUGUAGUGCUCGGCUGGAUUAUGGGCAAAGAUGAUAUGACACUCGACUUUGACGCCUUUCAAGUGAUCCUGCUCUUCGUAUCCGUGCUACUGGUCAACUACCUCAUCGCCGACGGAAAGUCGCACUGGCUCGAAGGCGUCCUCUUGAUGAUGAUGUAUUUGAUUAUAGCACUAGCUGCUUGGUUCUAUGGUUGAUCGACUCAAACCGCCUAUUCAUUCCUCUUUCUUAUUUUCUACGUUGGCUUCUUGAUAGACAAGACAAUACUGAGCCCAGGACGAGACAUUGAUCAAUUUAAAUUGUACUGGGAUUUUAUAUUGCGACUGCUAUUUAUUACUCCUUCCCUCUGCUCUUCAAACGCCCAGGUAGAUUGGUGGCUAAACAGCAACCGGCAACUGUAGCUAAGUGGACGGGAAUUUCUCCG